AUGGCAUCGAUCCCUCGUGUAAACGGCGUGCAAUCGCCCGCGGUGGGAGUCGGACCUUCUUAUCGGCCGGCGGAGGAGAAGCCCACGGCUACUGUCUCGAGAGAUGGGCCCCACGAAAAUGUCCAUGUGCUUCCUCAAACACCACAGCUUAUUGCCCUACUGACUAUCAUCCGUGACAAAGGCACUGAACGAGCCGAUUUUAUCUUCUACUCCAACCGUAUCAUUCGGCUCCUGGUCGAGGAAGGAUUGAACCAUCUUCCGGUGGUGGCACAUACUGUUACAUCUCCUGUCGGCAAGGACUAUGUCGGUGUCAAAUUUCAAGGGAAAAUCUGUGGGGUCUCGAUCAUGAGAGCUGGUGAAUCCAUGGAAGAAGGGUUGCGAGAAUGCUGCCGCUCGGUCAGGAUAGGCAAGAUCUUGAUCCAGCGCAACGAAGAGACCAGCCAGCCGAAGUUGUUCUUUGACAAGCUUCCGUCAGACAUCCAGAACCGAUGGGUCUUGCUACUUGAUCCUAUGCUGGCGACAGGCGGCAGCGCAAUUAUGGCCGUGGAGGUCUUGAAGAGCAAGGGCGUGCCAGAAGAUCGAAUUCUGUUCUUGAACUUGAUUGCGAGUCCCGAGGGUAUCCAGAACUUUGCGGAAAAGGUGCCCAAGGUUCGAGUGAUAACGGCCUUCAUCGACCAAGGUCUCAAUGAGCACAAUUAUAUUGUCCCUGGCCUUGGGGAUUUUGGCGAUCGGUAUUACACUCUUUGA